AUGAUUCAACUACAUUCACAUCCACAAUUCAACCACAUCCACAAUACAACCACAUCCACGAUUCAACCAUAUCCACAAUACAACCACAUCCACGAUUCAACCACAUCUACAAUACAACCACAUCCACGAUUCAACCAUAUCCACAAUACAACCACAUCCACAAUUCAACCACAUCCACAAUACAACCACAUCCACGAUUCAACCAUAUCCACAAUACAACCACAUCCACGAUUCAACCAUAUCCACAAUACAACCACAUCCACGAUUCAACCAUAUCCACAAUACAACCACAUCCAUGAUUCAACUACAUCCACAUCCACGAUUCAACCAUAUCCACAAUACAACUACAUCCAUGAUUCAACUACAUUCACAUCCACGAUUCAACCAUAUCCACAAUACAACCACAUCCAUGAUUCAACUACAUUCACAUCCACAAUUCAACCACAUCCACAAUACAACCACAUCCACGAUUCAACCAUAUCCACAAUACAACCACAUCCACGAUUCAACCACAUCUACAAUACAACCACAUCCACGAUUCAACCAUAUCCACAAUACAACCACAUCCACGAUUCAACCAUAUCUACAAUACAACCACAUCCACUAUUCAACCAUAUCCACAAAACAACCACAUCCACGAUUCAACUACAUCCACAAUACAACCACAUCCAUGAUUCAACUACAUCCACAAUACAACCACAUCCAUGA